ACAGUGUUUGUGGUUUUUACACAAAGUAAGGAUCUAACUGUCAGUCGUGUGUCAAAGCAAGAUGUAAUGCUCCUAAAGGAGGAGCAGGAGCCUAAAUGUUUCACCCGAACAGGAUCUGAUUUCACCUGUUUUUUUGAGUCUGCAGACAACAGGUCGUACGAUUUUUUCUACAGAAUAAACAGUAUGAAGAAUAGAUGUGACACGUUUGUCCGGGGAACAGAAAAAGGAACUUUCCUCUACAUUUGCCUUUUCCCAGCAACGGACGUUUUCUUGUUCGUAGAAACUCACCUUGAAGUUGUAGAUGUCGGUACAAACAGCAGCCUCUACAGUCGCAACGUGUCAGUGGAGGAUCACUUUCUUUUAAAUCCUCCCACCAAUGUGUCCCUGCACCAACAUGAUGGCGUGGGGCAGCUGAUGGUGUCAUGGCACGCAGAUGUCCCAACGUACUGUGGAGAUGUGAUGUACAGGGUUAGAUAUUCUUCGAAAAGCCUUGGAGUAAAGACAGUGGAGGUGAAUAAUUAUAAAAAUAACAGAGUAGUGUUAGACUCUCUGGUACCAGGGGAAGAGACUGAAGUCCAGCUCACUGUUAAAUGUUUCUCCAGUCCUGGUUUGGGACACUGGAGCAGCUGGUCACAUCCUGGGCAGGCCAUGGUUCCACAGAGUGCAGAUGACAAUUCACUGGUGUGCUACACUCCUGACUUGCAAAAUGUCACCUGUCAGUGGAACAGCAGCAGAAACAAAGCAGAAAAGAACUACAAUCUCUACUACAAGAAGGGUCACAGUAAAGAAUGGGUCCAGUGUCCAGGUGAUGAGAACUGCACUGAUGUAUGUCAGUUCCAUGGAGAUGACUCCAAAAAGCUGAAGGUCAAACUCAGCAGCUCAGCUCCACAGAGCAGAACCUUCUUCACUGAGGAGUUCACACUCAACCAAACCAUUAAAACCUCAGCUCCAGGUUCUCUGAGAGGAUCAGUGCAGAAGGAGAACCUGUGUUUGAAAUGGGAAGCGCCUCUUCCAGCUUUGACAGAUCAUUUACAGUAUGAAGUGGUCUUCCAGACCAGACGAGAUGACACAUGGAGGAUGGUUUUCCUACAAGGACCAGACACUGGCACCUGUGUUGAGGUUCCCCCAGGGAGUCAGUACCGUGUAAAGGUCCGAGCUAAACCCAGUGGCUACACGUACUCUGGCUUCUGGAGUGACUGGUCAGAUGAACUCACUGGUCACACUCCAACUGACACAGGCUUGUAUCUCAUCCUGUGUGUCCCUGUCUUCCUGCUG